AGGAGGCACCAUGAACGUGGGCACUGCCCACAGCGAGGUGAACCCCAACACCAGGGUGAUGAACAGCAGAGGCAUCUGGCUGGCAUACGUGCUGGGCAUCGGGCUGCUGCACGUCGUGCUGCUCAGCAUCCCCUUCUUCAGCGUCCCUGUGGUCUGGACUCUCACCAACAUCAUUCACAACAUGAGCAUGUACAUCUUCCUCCACACCGUGAAGGGGACUCCUUUUGAGACACCAGACCAGGGCAAGGCUCGGCUGCUGACGCACUGGGAGCAGAUGGACUACGGGGUGCAGUUCACAGCCUCGCGCAAGUUCCUGACCAUCAUGCCCAUCGUCCUGUAUUUUCUAACCAGCUUUUACACCAAGUAUGACCGGAUACACUUUGUCAUCAACACCAUCUCCCUGAUGAGCGUCCUGAUCCCCAAGCUGCCGCAGCUUCACGGCGUCCGCAUCUUCGGCAUCAACAAGUACUGAACCUGGAGCCCGACGCAAGAGGAGCAGGGGGGAGCUCCUUCUCUUCUCCCUCCUCCCCCCCCCCCAAUCCUGGCUCCUCCUCAGCCCUGCACACACUGGGAUUGAACCUCACAAGCAGCUGUUCCAGGCAGUACCUGACAGACCCACGCCGCAUGCUGGCUCCUCCUGCCCAGCCAAGCCACCGCCAGCUCCUGAGUAGAGUUUAGUGCGGAGCAGGAUGCGCCACGCUGGGUUUCCUUCUCCUCCCAGCCUCCAUCACUAGAUGCAGAUAACACUGAGACUUUGAGGUACAACGAGGGGGAAUCCAUCCCAGAUCCUGAAGGAAGAGAAGAGGGA